GCCAGUAUGAUGCACCGCGCUUGUCGAGCAAUGCUGCUCUAGCGGAUAGGUUGGACGUGUCGCGACGGUACAUCGAGAAGAAAACUCAAUCAUUUGGCUACGUGUUCGGCCCAGUCCGGCCGCGUUGCGCAACAUAAGUUUGCGAACGCCACCGCGCAUGCAGCAUCAAAUGAAGAUGUGUGGAUCGAACUGUGCAGUUACGACGCCACGCCGACGAAUGCCAAUGUGUCCGAACACGUCGAAGAUAUUUUUGGCCGCGCAGGUGCCAUCGCCGACCAGGCGGAAUUGGAGCUAUUAGGGGUGCUGGCUUCUUCAUCAGGCGGCAGGUUGCCGCCCGCAGCUUCGACGAGCCAGGCGUCAACGCGAGCUCAUUUGCUGGAAAAAGAGUAGGGGUACGCGAUGUGGGUGACGGCCCCCGACCAGAAUAGAACAGACCAGUACGUGGCGCACAUCGGGGAUUCUCUCUCUCUCUCUUGGGCGCAGGCAACCGACAGGAUCACGGCAGAAGCAGAUACACGAGCAGUGUUGGAGACCAUUGCUACACCCGCAGCUUCGACAUUUUGCCAUGACGAUGCGCGUCCCCUCCACGGAUUCGGCGAGCGGUAACUUCGUGGUUGAGCGCUCGAUGGCGAAUGACCUGGGGCUCAGAAUGGGCCAACUUGCACUACGGCUGCCACGAUAACAAGGUAGCGAGCGGCAUGGGGUCGGUUUUCGACUUGGUGGAGCCAGUCACCACGGGCACGUUGGACUUAGCGCUGUCGGUGGAGGACGUUUCCAGCAUGGGCAUCUCUAGAGAGGUGUACACUGGCUUGGCCGUUGAGCACAUUGCGCGCACCUCCGCCCCACCGACGUCCGAGGCGAUGGCGCGCAAAACCGUCGUGCUGGACUUGUUCCUCGGCCGUGGCAGGGCAAUUGAGCUGGGGCGGCAUCUGCUGCUAAAUGUCUCCACGGGUGAUUGGCGCAACUUCGGUGCCGCAGAAGUGUACUUGCUGACUGGCCGCCCCACGAGCGCGGGCCAUGUGCGCGCGAACGUCACAAAGGGUAAUUUCCCAUCGUUUGCUCGGCCAUUUUUUUUGUUUUUAUAUAUAUGAAAAAUCCCAGGGCGAUCCAACCUGUCUCGCGGCAGGUCCCGCCGCCGCGGUUGUUCGGUUGCCUCGGCGGCGCUUGCGCGAGGUGGCGCGGGCGCCCUAAGUUUGACGCGCUAUAUAUCCAAGCCCCCUG